AUGACCACAGCUACCAGCGUCUUCCCUCCAUUAGAUGCCCGUCCGCUUAAGGAAACCAUCGUUUUAUUUGAUGUUGACGAGACUCUGACCAAGGCUAGACAAGUAUUACCGUGGAUCUGGACUAUUACGCCUGAAAUGCUCGAGCUUCUCUCCCGUCUAAGACACAAAUGCGCUAUUGGCUACGUGGGCGGUUCGAAUUUUGUUAAGCAGCAGGAACAGCUGGGUUCAUCUACUGUCGAUUCUACCACCAUUUUCGACUCCUGCUUUCCUGAAAAUGGACUGGUGGCAUAUCGUCUGGGUAGACCCCUCUCCACCAAUAGUUUCAUCCAGUGGCUUGGUGAGAAUAGAUAUCAAGAUCUGCAGACUUUUGUUUGGGAUAUAUUGCCAAAGUCAGACUUCCUAGGAAGCGCGCGGAGUGAAUUUGAAGCGUAUGACAAGAUCCACAACAUCCGGAGAGAUAUGGUAGAGGCUCUAAAGAAGCAGUUCGCUGACUUUGGACUCACCUUCUCCAUCGGCGGCCAGAUCUCUUUUGACGUCUUUCCAACCGGCUGGGACAAGACUUAUUGUCUGCAGCAUGUGGCGGCUGAGAAGGAGAUCAGUGGUACUGACUAUAAGAAUAUCCACUUCUUUGGCGAUAAAUGUUUUGAGGGUGGCAAUGACUAUGAGAUUUACUCCGAUUCUCGGACUAUGGGUCACUCGGUUGAUGGUCCCGAUAAUACUAUGAAACAGCUGAAGGAGAUCUUUAAUCUUUAA